UUCAGUUUCCUUUUGCUGCGGAAGUUCAUACCCACUAGAUGGGGAAGGCAAAGCGUGCAUCGAUAUUUAUCAGGCUCGUUUCAGCAGCUGGAACUGGUUUUUUCUACGUGAAGCGUAAGAAUCCUCGGCGGAUUACAGAGAAGCUUGAGUUCAGGAAGUACGAUCCUCGUGUAAACAAGCAUGUUCUAUUUACGGAAGCCAAGAUGAAGUGAGACAGUGCAGCCUUUUUUUUUUCUUGACAUAAGACCUCUACUGUUCAUUUUCGUUGAAGACACUGCUACCUUUAUUAGCCUGUUCCAGAUUCGAGAGUUUCAUGUGGGCACCAAAUCAGCAUGGAUCUUGCUCUGCCUGCCUGUUUAUUUGUAUUGUAAGUUUAUCACUGAAAUGAGCUGCAAGCCUGGAAAAGUAAUGCCCAUCUAGUGUUGUGAUGAUUAUCAUGUGGAUGCUUGGUUCUGAAACUUAAAGCAGCCACAAAUGAAGGGUAGAGGGUCUGAACCACCAAGAUAAAUGUAAGUUUUUCCUUUCCUUUUA